CAAAGGCCAACCAAGCUUAAGGGCAGGAGCUGUUAGCCACAAAGGCGCAUGCGCAAUGACGGCUCGGCGACCCUUUGAGUUUAAUUUUUAUGCCUACCAGCGGGAAGAAGUGCGUGUGAGCAUGAAAACGAAAGCUUUUUAGGGACCCUCAGCAGAACAGGCUUCACGGAUGGCGGCAGUGGGUGGUAGUGCUGGAAUCGCGGCAUCCACCGGACUGGAGGCAGCGACAUUGCAGAAGCUGGCUUUUCUGCGGAAGAAGGUGCUCGGCACCGAGGAGAUGGAGCUGUAUGAGCUUGCGCAGGCUGCGGGCGCCGCCAUCGACCCUGAUGUGUUCAAGAUCCUGUUGGAUUUGCUGAAUCUGAACGUGGCUCCCCUCGCCGUCUUCCAGAUGCUGAAAUCCAUGUGUGCUGGGCAGAGGAUAGCAAGUGAUCCCCAGGAUUCUGUGUCCAUAUCUCUGUCAACAUCAGAGACCCGAGGAAGAAACAGAGGUGGCCCCACUCUUGGCAGUGUUCCCAUAGUGGCAGAACGUGGAAGCCGUGAAAGACCCAUCCAGAGGAUGCCACGCCAGCCCAGUGCUACUAGGCUGCCCAAGGAUGCAGAAGGAGCCAGGUGGAUCUCAGAAAGGCUGGUGUGAUUUGCAGGAGAUGUGCCCUAGAAGGAGGAUGUUUAUGCUGUUGGAAUUCUGUCCUGAUGGUGAAUGGAGAGCUGUAUUGGGCUUAUGCUACUGACACACCUUUGUCUCAUUCCGCUCCAGAGAGAAACUUUUUAAGAUACAAUGUGACUGGACUUUGUUGGUCUAGUAAUCGGGACAAUUCUCAAGAAUGAAAAAGAGGAUUGACUAUGGGACUUUGGUCUGAUUCUGGUUUUCAGCAGACCUAUAUUUGGAAGUUUGCCGUGCUUUGUUGUUUAGAAAUGUUAUACAAGAUUCAAACUUUAAUGUUUCUUGCCAUCAAUGUAAACUCACAAACUUUAUUUCUAAGCUUUCAAAUGGACAACAGGUUCUGCUUGAUAAAUAGUCUUUUAUUAUGGUUCCUGUGAAUGUUUCUCAGGCUUGGUAUUCUGAUAAGAGCUCAUCUUUUAAGUCACUUUUAUGGAGUGUUAUAGGACUUGGCUUAUUAAUGCUAAAGCUGAUCUGCAUAAGAUUAAACUCGUGUCUACCCUAGUGGAGGUUGGUAGUCAAAGACACGUAAGAUCUCUCUGAAGAAUAUUCAACCUAAGUCAGGGCAUGAAAGAGGGAAUUCAUGUACCAAUGACUGGUAAAUAUAUCUUUCAAGAAAGACAAUGUAAGACAGGCACAAUCUUUUGCUCCAUAGCUCUUAAGUUAUGGUCAAUUUUUAAAAUAUAUUUAAAAAAGGAAGACCUGUGGAGAGGUGCUUAUUUGUCAUGCUGCUUAAAAACAUGUUUUCACCCUGGCCUUCACCUGGAGACAGGGAUAGGCAGGAAGUUUUUGCCAAGUUCAUUUCCUAUUGUUUAUGUGAGGAUCACAUAGGCAGGUGGUCAAGGUAAACAAAUUUGACUUCUGCAUGAACCCCUUCAUUGUAUCAAGGUGCUUUGCUCUAUAAAAAGGGAUUAUUGGAAUAA